AUGGCGUCUCCGAGGUCUCCGGGAUCCUCUAGCUCCAUAUCACCAAGCUCCCCUGUGAGUGAGCUAGAGGAGUCGACGUUCCAAAUCAUACACACGCCGGACAGGCCAGAGCGACCUGUCUCGAGAACAGCGAUACCGAAUGACGAGCAGUGCAUGCAAUUUCUCAUGUCACUACAGAAGCAGGAAGAAGACAAGAGGGUUGAGGUCAAGACAGGUCUUAAGAUGUGGCCCUACCCUGAUGAGGAGGCGGAAGACCGCAGGUGUCUACGGAGCGUGAGAGUGGAGAGCGUGCAUUUCGAAAAGGCGCGGCUUGCCAGGACCAAUUCGUCUGGCCCGGCAAGAGUUGUGGAAGUUGUCAGAAGCUCCACCCGGUCUACAACGGCGACACGGCAUUCAGGAUAUCUGCCAUCACCAGGCGUCAGCGAUACGGAUGAUACAGACGAUAUUGAGGAUGCUGAAGACUCCAGCGAGGAGAUGAGGCUAUUUCAAUCUUGGCUACCAGAGUCGCGGGUGAAGGAGCCUGAGAACGAACAAUCCCAGCAGUCAGACGUAGAUAUUUACGGCGACUGGGCCGACUAUUACUUUGAAGAUACAAACUUUGUGGAUAUAUCAAAACCUACUGGAGAAGAAGUCACUAAAAGUGAUGGAAAUGACGUGGAGGAGGUACAGGAUGCCGAGGAGAAAGAAACUGGAGACGAGGGCGAGGAACAACAAGACGACGAAGUGAAUGAGAAGCAGAAAACAGUUCACCUUGAAAUCGACAGAGAGACUCUCUAUCCAAGGGAAUCGAAGGAGUCAAAAUCCGAAGUUAUCAGAUUGUCCGAGGCGCAUCAGCGAAUUCUAAAGCGCAAAUGGCAUGAAAUGCCUCGUUUACCACCCUCGCUCUUCCGCCGCGCAAGAGCCAUUUCCCCCCACGUCGCGACGUUGCUACCUGCAUGCCGCGAUAUCUCCUCGGCCGUGACUGAGCUACGAUGGAUAAGGGAGCACGUCCGUGAUAUCUCCGCAUUGUCUCACAGAGAGAAACAAAUGGAAGCUCGAAUCUCAAGCCUUUGUGCCCGAAGAGGACGUGGCGUGCCCCUGCAAUAUGUCCUCGGAUCGCAACCCUUCGGCAAGCUAGACAUUCGAUGCCUGCCCGGAGUCCUCAUUCCCCGCUCCGAGACGGAGGCGUAUGUGCUGCACCUGAUUGAGAAAAUCAAACAUGGCCGUUUGCCUGUGUCUCAGGAAGGAUCGUUAAGGGUUGUGGACUUUUGUACGGGGACGGGUUGCAUUGCCCUUGCGCUAUACGAAGGCCUUUCAAAAUGGGCCAAGGAGCUGGAUGUCACUGGUGUGGAUAUCUCUGAGACUGCUGUAAGCCUCUCACGAGCGAAUCUGACGCUCAAUACCCACGCGGCUGUAUUGUCACCUCCAAGCGAGAAGAGAAAUAUCGCUUUCAGACAAGAGGAUAUUUUUGACGACGAGGCAAUGCGGACCAUUCCCCCAUGUCACGUUCUUGUCUCCAACCCGCCUUACAUCUCGCAGAAAGUGUGGACAUAUGGCCGCGGCCAAAUGGGUUAUUCGGUACGCAAAUACGAGCCAAAGCUCGCGCUGGUGCCAGGUGAUGCGGCUCCGCUGUACAGAGGGUGCGAUCAUGCCGAUGUCUUUUACGCCAGGUUGCUAGACAUCGCGGCCUACAUGAAGCCUAAAGUUUUACUGUUCGAGGUCGGAGACCAGGACCAGGCUUUGAGGGUCGCCGGGCUCGUCAGACGGCAUGAGUAUACUAAACAAGCUAAAUGCGAGUUGUGGCGGGAUUGGCCGGACUCGACCCCAGAAGAGAAUGAAAUUUCGCAGCUAGAGAUUGACGGAGGGAAGAUUGCUGUUGAAGGGAGUGGGAACGUAAGAUCAGUGUUUGUCUGUCUUUAA